ACGCUGUCAUUCGAUAACUGUCAAUGUCACUGUGAUGACGCAUAGUAGGUGGUAGGUUCUUCGCCUUUUUAAAUUAUUUUGUUUUGUAACUAUAUUUAAACCCUAAUCCUACCUAAUAUAAUUUGUGUAAGAACAAUAAAUAGAGAUAAUUUUGUUCAAAAAUAUUUUGGUACUCCCUAUAAUUUUACUCAAACAAAAGUGAGUGAAAGUGUUGUGGGAAAACCGGCUCGCCUAUAACUGCAGUAUGUGGAAAGCUGCAACAGAUGUGGCAGCCCCAGCACCAGCAGAGGCUGACGAUUGGGAGACAGAUCCCGAUUUUAUCAAUGAUGUCACAGAGCACGAGCAGCGAUGGGGCCCCGGAGGGAGGAAUGUGGAGGCUAUUGAUAUGGCGAAGUUGCGGGAGGAGGUAUUGGAAGCAGACAAAUUGAAUAAGCAGAAGACAUACGAACAAGGACCGAAGCCGUCUUAUGGCUACGGAGGUAAAUUUGGUGUACAAAGUGAUCGAAUGGAUAAGUCUGCUGUGGGACAUGAUUACAUCGGCAAGACAGAGAAGCACGUCUCCCAGAAGGACUAUGCACAGGGUUUCGGCGGUAAAUUUGGUGUUCAAACUGACCGUAUGGACAAGAGUGCGGUCGGUCACGACUAUGUGGGCAAAGUGGAGAAGCACGUAUCGCAGACUGACUACGCGCAAGGCUUCGGGGGCAAAUAUGGCGUACAGACGGACAGAGUGGAUAAGAGCGCAGCCGGCUGGGAGCACCGCGAGGAGGUGGAGAAGCACUCCUCGCAGAAGGACUACUCGGUGGGUUUCGGUGGCAAGUUCGGUGUACAGACAGACAGGAAGGACGCGUCCGCUGUCGGCUGGGACCACAGGGAGGAUACCCAGCACCAUCACUCACAGAAAGAUUAUGCUAUUGGUUUCGGCGGUAAAUACGGCGUACAGACGGACAGACAAGACGCGUCAGCGGUCGGCUGGGACCACCAGGAGAAGACCCCGGCGCACGCCAGCCAAGUGGACCAUAAGAAGGGCUUCGGCGGCAAAUUUGGCAUCGAAACGGAUCGUGUCGACAAAUCAGCGCAUAGAUUCGACGAGGUGGAGAAAGUGGGUACUAACUACACGAAGCAGAAGCCGGACAUAGGUGGCGCUAAGCCGUCCUCCCUACGCGCCAAGUUCGAGAAUAUGGCCAAAGAGAAGGAACAGGAAGCGAUGCAAUCAGUACAGAAGAUAAGACAGCAGAGGGAACAGUUGGACAAAGAUCUCACGGAAAAAGAAAAAGAGCGAGUAUCGAAGGAGCCAAAGGAACAAGAGUCCCCGCCAGAUGUCGCCCAGUCUCCCCCCGCGGCGACCAAGGAGCCAGCGUCCGUUCCCCCCACCGCCGCCGUCGCCGCCGCCGCUGCCGCUGUCCCCGCGGACGAGCCCAAACAGCCCAACUUGCCCGACGUUACUCUAGUGGGAGAGCCUAAGGAGGAAAGAGAGGAGCAACAGCUAAGCCGGCAGCCGACGAUCGUGGUGUCGCCGGUGGGGUGGGAGGGCACGGCGGGCGGCGCCGGUGAUGGCGACGAUGAUGACGAGGAGGACGCGUACACCGCGCGCGCCCUCUACGACUACCAGGCCGCCGCGCCCGACGAGAUCUCCUUCGACCCUGACGACAUCAUCACCAAUAUUGUCAUGAUCGACGAAGGAUGGUGGCAAGGGUUAUGUAAAGGUGCGUACGGACUGUUUCCGGCCAACUACGUGCAACUGCAGGACAAAUGAGCUAACAUGUGAACCCACCUUAUCAUUCCUAUAUUUUAUAAACGAAAUAUUAUAUGAUCAUACUGACGAGACAAAUUAGAUUUAAAUCAAUUCUACUUAGAUUAGAUUUGAUUAUUUUCAAAGACUUUAUAAUGUAAUUCAUGUCUUAAUUUCUAACUUUUUUAAUGAAAACAAAAAAAUCUUUUUAGGCAAAGGUAUCACACUCAUACAGCUAUUGACAGUUGGAUAAAUCGCAUAUUAUAUCAGUUGUAAUUUUUAAAUAAGGAAAUAUUUUACUAAUAUGUUAGAAAUUAAGAUAUGAAUUACAAUUUAGGAAUAAACCGUAGCCUUUAGGCUAUGAAUAAUUCAAAAUAAAUGAUAGUUGAGGCUCGAUUUAUAUUAACAAUUUUAACAAAAAAUAUAUCUAUAGCAUGUUUUUUUUUGGCAUUACCAUGGUCUAAAUGUCUAAUAUGGUGUAUAUAACAUACUUAUGUCUAAUGGACUAUGUUUACAAUUAUAAAUUGAAGGCAUAUUUAGUUUAUCAAGAAAAAAAAAUGCGCCAAAGUUUCGUCAGUUUUGGGGCAAAGGAAUUCUUAUAAUCGACUGGUAGUUACCAGUAUUUUGGACGACUCUAGUUUAUGCGGCGGACUUACUACGUAGUCUAUGGUAUGUAUCUUGUUUUACCACCACAAGGUUAUGGUCGCCGCGUAAGAACGUCUAUAGUGUAAGUGAUGUACUUAUGACAAAAAAUAUAUGAAAAUAUAACCUCAAUAUUAUGAAAUUAAUGAAUUGACUAAUAUGUAGGGAAUUGCCUAAUACUAGUUGCGUAUAAAUUGAGAACUAUUCGUAAUUCUGAGUGUGUUUAAAUAUAUUCGGACCGGUGCCGUUUUAAGGCGGUGUUAUUGUUAGCGAUGGGGACAAGUGUCCCCAUUACUAACAAUAGUUCUCUCCCACUAUCGCUAUACUGGCAAGACGACUUAGUUGCUUUGGUAUAUUUUGCUUUGUACACAUCGUAAUUAUGUCAAUUUAAAAAAACAAUUGAUAAUUUUUUUAAUGAUUCCGAUUGGUUAUUUCAUAUAUUUGACAUUUACAAUUGUAUGCGUUAAUUACUCAAUGAUAUUGUUAUUAAGCUGCCAUUGAAAACUUGGAUUUUGCUGGCAAAAUAUAUUUAAAAAUCUUCAAAUAAAAAUUAAAUAUGUGCAAUUACCAAUGGGAGAUUUUGUACAAAAGUCGUUUGCUUGGGUACCUCUGUCCCAUUCGUGUUUCAACCGUAAAACAAUUGUGUUUUCAUGGCUGUGUUUCGGUUUGAAGGGUGGGAUAUGGCAGUGAAUUUACAGGGUACAGAGGAAUAACACCUGAGUCCUCAGGAAUGGCAACGCAUGGGGAGUAUCGUGGGCGAAACAGUUGUAUUCUGUUAUGUUCAUGGUAGGUACUGCUCAUGUCUAUAGGCGACGGUUACCGCUUUCCAUCAGGUGGGCCGUCAGCUUGUUUGCCAUUCUAAGUUGUAUAAAAAAAAAGGUGCAAAGUUUUUAAUGGUUGAUUUAUCCAAUGUAUUUUAUGAGUAACGUUAUACUGCGUUAGCAGAGUACUUUUUAAAUAAUCCGACAGAAAUAUUGAAAAAUGUUAAAUUGUUUUUGAAAAUUGUCAUAUAAUUAACCCUUAAAUACCUGAAAUUUCAAAUUUGAUACCGGGGUUAUAAAUCGCAUUGGGCGCCUACAAUCGAUUUUAUUUUAUUAUUUGGCUGUUUACAUGUUACCAAAUGUUUUUUCAAAAUGAAUAUAUAAAAAUAUCGUUUUGAUUUUUUUACUAUUUUUCCCCAUUAGUAAACACAGUAAAGGGUACACUUAUAUAUUUUUUUAAUUUGAUUUAAAAAUCAGGCUUUUAAGGGUUAAUAAUUAGAUAAGACAGUGUUGCUACACUUCAAUAAGCAAAAUCUAUCAAUACUCUUAAAGGAGUAGAAACUUGAAUCCUUAGUCCGUAACCACAAGAAAUACGAAUAUUUAAUUAUAAUAAAUUUAUCGAUCAGUCUGUACAUUAAGAUAUGGGAUUUUUAUAUACAAAUGUAGAAAGAAACUUUUCCAAUAUGUUGUAUUUAUUUUUUAUCAUAUCUUUAAGUAUUAAAUAUUAUGUAAUUGAUAAAUAUUUAAGUUUUUUUUUUAUAUGGGUAUUGAUAAUGGUAGUUUUUUUUUUUAUAUAAUCUAUGAUUAUAGCCUAAGAUCCCGUUGCUGAUUUCUGCAGAUAUAAAUCUUUUCAUUGAAACUUGGUUUAAAAGAUGAAAAGAUGACAUAAAUUUAAUACAGUGCACCAGGGUUGCCUGUUCCCAGAUAACCACAAAUUAGUGUUGCCAAAUGAAAAUAAUAAUUUUGCUAAAAGUGAAAGAUGAACGAAAAUCUAAUACAAUGUACUCGUGUCGCCGCAAACUAUUGUUGCCAAGUGAAAAUAAGUAAUAAUUUUAGUAAAUUUGGUAAACUUGAUAUGUUCAUUUAUUUAACUACUAAACUUUUUUUUAUAAAUAUUAAUCUUGCAAGGUUGCAGAUUAAAAAUGGCCGCAAUUAAGAGUUGUUAUCAAGUAACAGCGACGGAAUUUUAAGCUAUUAGUUUUACAUUAACCGCUAUAAAUGCUCUUUAUAUUUUGACUUUCUACUUUAUAUAAGUUUUUUAUUUACACUUCUAUUAGUAUUUUCAAUUAAUUGAGAAAAAGUAUUAUAAAUUUAAUUAUAAGUUUUAUUGACGCACUUGUUUAUUAUUAUUAAUGCAAUAAUUUAUUUUCAAGUAUUAAAUAAAUCAUUCAUUGUAACUUAAUAGUAAUUUUAAUUGUAAUAGUAGAUAUUGGGGUCGAUUUUGAUGAGACAUUCUUCCAACUUAUCUCUAAAAUUUCAGUUUAAUGUCACGGCAAAAACUUCAUUCUAAGGAUCAAUAUGAACCUACAAUUCUAAUAGAUUUACGUCAUAAUUAUUAUAAAUUUAGUUUAUGACGAUUUAUAACACAGUAAUUUUGCGAAAUCAUCAAUUUAAAAUACUAGAUUAAAAGAUCGUCAUCAUCUCAGCCAUUAUGAACAGAUAAACUGCUGAAUCCUGCAAUGUACUUGAAGUCGUCACUCCAUCUAGUGGGGGAUCGUCUAUCACUGCGUUUGUCCGUACAGGGCCAGCACUAAGAACCAUCCUUCCCCAUCGAUUGUCGCUUCUUCGAGCCUUCUUUGGCUUGCUUAUCCUUCUGGCUAUGUCUGUUACUUUGGUUCGUUUGCGGAUAUCCUCGUUUCGGAUUCUAUCACGUAGAGAGACUCCGAGCAUAGCCCUCUCCAUAGCUCGCUGAGUAAUUGAAGCUUAAGAGAUCAGAGAAAUAAUGCCUCAGAAUCGACCUUAUUGGCUUAUUGGGUGAAUAAGAAAUAAUUUUUAUACACGAUAUUGUUAUAAAUACAAUAGUGAGUUUGUAUGUUAUAUUUUCACUACCAACUACUGGAUUAUUUUGUGUGAAAAUUGACAGAAGUAUAGUUUACACUAACGUGAACACAGUAUGCGGUUAUUAUAAUUAUCACAUAUGCGGAGUCACGUGCAAAUAACUAGUGUUAAAUGUAGUCGCUACUGUAAGAUAGAAACUUUUUAAGAAAUGCUCCAAUAUUUAUGACAUAGGUUUAAUUAUAAAGCGAAAUAGAAAAUUAUUUUUUCAUGAAUAAUGAAAAAUCAUUAACCAUAUCAUGUUUUUUUUUUUUAUUUGAAAUCUGACACGAUUUAUUAAAAAACAAAAAUGUUUAAUUUGCUAUGUUAUUUCUCAAUGUAAUGAUGUCAAUAGAUAUAUGUAUAUAUGAGUCUUACAUUAGUAAAAUGUGUUUAAAAUAAAAUAUUUUACAAAUGUUGAAUGUAGGAUUAUUGUAUGACCCACACUACGUCGAAAUGGGUAUCAUGUUUUUAUAAUAAUAAUAAACUCUUUAUUGCGCACAGUAGAGAUGUAUACAAGGAGUAUUUAUACAGAAUGUGCAUAUACAAAAGGUGGCUAACCAGAGGGAGACUGUACAAAAGUCGAUUGCUUGGGUACCUCUGUUCCAUUCGUGUUUCAACCCUGAAACAAUUGUGUUUGCAUGGCUGUGUUUCGGUUUGAAGGGUAAGAUAUGGCGUCAAUUUACUGGGUAUAAAGGAAUAACACCUGAGUCCUCAAGAAUGUCAACGCAUGGGGGGUAUCAUGGGCGAAACAGUAUACUUUGUUAUGUCCAUAUUACUUCUCAUGUCUAUAGGCAACAGUUACCACUUUCCAUCACGUGAGCCGUCAGUUUGUUUGCCAUUCUAAGUUGUAUAAAAAAAAAGCAAUCUCUUACAGACAACCAAGUUUUUCAGCUUUCGUAAGCUUUAAAUAGCAUAAAGUCGUUAAUAGUCUGUCUCUCUGUUGAUUUUUCUUUUAAAUUAUGCAACGAAUUUUUAUUUCUGUUUUGUUGUCAUUUAGAUAUUUUUGUAAAAAGAUUUGUAUAUGUCUAAUACAUACGUAUUAAAUGUGCGCGAAACCAGGGCAGAUUUUUUUUUGUAAUUUCGAACGAAGAGGUAACAUUUGAAACUACAGAAUUUUAUGUAUUUAGCUCUCCAUCUAAGCCAGCGAUCUAUUGCUCCAUAUUCAAUACAUCUGUAAAUGCAGUCAUAGAAAAUGAGUCUUUGUUACAACCGUUUAUGGUUGAAUUUACAAUUGAACUAUUAUAUUUUUUCCUUAUCUCUUUAUCAACGUUUAUGCAAUUAGUAACUUGUUAUAUAAUUGUUUCUAACAUAUACAGUAGUGUGGGUAGACGAAUAAUGAAUGUAAUAUACUUACGGUAUGUAAUGCCAAACUAUGUUUUAUAUAAAGCGAUUUAUUGUUUAUAAAAUAAAUGAUUAUUUUAUAGUGAAAA